AGUCGUACUCAUCACGAAUUGACCCUCCGGAGUGAUUUAGUUUAUUGUCAAUAAACUGCGAUGUAAAAACUUUUGCGAAAAAUAAUUUUUUUAAAAAAAAAAGUUUUCGUGUGAGUGCAUAUCAAGAAAAUUUUCUAUUAUAUUUCCUAUGAGACAAGGGAUUAUGAUUAGCUUCCGAGUGAGCCCAGACCAUAGGCUAGCCAGUGAGCAGCAUAAUAACAGUACCUAUCAAGCUGCUAGAUUUGGCUAAAUUUUUAUAAAAAAAGACUAAGAAUUCGGCUCGUGUUUUACAAAAAGUCAAAUCUAUAACGCACAGACAUCGUAGGAUGGUAGAAGGUGAACUUGACUCAAAGCAUAAUCAUAAGUGUGAUGUAAAAGACGAUCGUCUUAACGGUGGCAGUUCCAAGGACUUAGAACUUGCACAUAUUGGGUCCAAGGGAAAGACCCUCGACCCCGAAAAAGGAUCUUACAUUAAAGCUGACUUUGAGAAAGCUAUCGAACUAACUGAAUAUGGCAAGUUUCACUACUUCCUGCUCGCAGUAUGCGGGUUCGUUAGUACGAGUGAAGAAAUGGACGUGAUUUCCAUGUCCUUUAUUCUACCGAGUGCACAAUGUGACCUCAAUCUUGACACUCAGGCGAAAGGAUGGCUCAAUUCAAUAAUAUUCAUAGGAAUGAUGGCAGGCGCCUAUGCAUGGGGCUCAGUAGCCGAUGCAUUAGGUCGUCGCAAAGUCCUUAUUGCCAUAUCCUUUAUGAAUGCAUUAUGUAUUGUUGCCUCCAGCUUCAGCCAGUCUUAUGAACUAUUUAUGUUCUUUCGAUUUCUUAAUGGAGCUGCUCUUGGCGGCAGUGGACCAGUUAUCUGGUCAUAUUUCGCAGAGUUCCAGCCAAAAGCUAAAAGAGGUUCGAUGCUUUCCUUUAUGGCAGCAUUUUGGACGCUGGGAAAUCUUUUCGUUGCUGGAUUAGCGUGGUUGAUUAUUCCCAACGAUAUUGGUUUCUCCGGAUCAGCAUUUAAGUAUAACUCAUGGCGUAUCUUUUUGCUGAUAUGCGCCAUUCCUUCUUUCAUAGUGGCUGGACUUCUUCUGCUACUUCCAGAAUCUCCUAAAUAUCUACUUUCCCGUGGAAGAUACGAAGAAGCUUUAAACAUUUUUCGUAGUAUUUAUUCAAUCAACACUGGCAAAAGCCACGAAACUUACAUGGUAAAAGAACUGAUUCUAGAUGAUUUGAAACAGAAAGAAGCAAUCAAGACAGAGAUUGUUGAAAAAAAUAAGUACAAGAUUAUGUUAAGUGAUAUUAUGAAUAAUAGUAAGCAGCUUUUUAUCUCACCAAUUCUUCGUUUUACUCUCAUCUCGAUUACGAUAAAUUUAACAUUUCAUAUUGGAUAUUAUGGAUUAAUGAUGUGGUUUCCUGAAUUAUUUAAUCGUUUCGAUGAAUAUAGUAAAAAACACCCGAAUCAGGAUGCAUCUAUCUGCCAAGUAACCGAUUAUGUUGUUAAUCAUGGUUCAUAUAGUGAUGAAAACUUUUGUUCAGACGCAAUCGGACCAUCGGUUUUCUUAGAGUCAUUAAUUACUGUUGCAUCAGCCAUUCCUGCAAACAUCGUUGCCGUUCUUGGAAUGGAUCGUCUUGGUCGCAAAUUUUUCUUAGUAUUUAGUACCAUGUCGUCAGGUUUGUGUUCUAUUGGACUGUACUUUGUAUACAACAAGUUCCAAAAUUUAAUAGUCUCAGCUGUAUUCAGUGGUGUUAUUAGUUGUGGUAAUGCAGCUCUAGAUUGUUUAAUUACUGAAGUCUUUCCAACGAACCUACGAGCUACCGGUAUUGCAAUUUCAAUGGUAGCUGCACGUCUUGGUGGUAUCAUCGGUAACAUCGUCAUAGCUCAGCUGCUAGAUAUGUAUUGUCCAGCUCCCACUUUCAUAGUUGCAGCUCUACUUAUAGGUGGCGGUCUGCUUUGUUUAUUUCUUCCAAACACAACACGCGAACCACUUUCCUGACGAUGGCGAAAUAUUUUCUCUCAAUUAGUUGUUUAUAGUAUUUAUAAAGUAGACGUUAUAUUAGAAGCACACAAGAUGAAAUUUUCUUUAAUGCAUGGGAUGAACUUUAUUAGCUAAUCUAACUUUAUAAACAGAAGUGUUCAUCGAAUACCGUAAAAGUAUUUUUCUUUUACCUCCACUCAAAAAUACCGAAUAAUAAACUUGUCUACAUGCAGUAUUCUAAAUUCAUACAAGAUUUAAAUUAAAUUUUUCAUUUUCCUAAAGUUUUAAACCGAUGUUUUACAGUACAAAAUAUUUUUGCAAAUUUUUGAUUGAUUUAAAUUAUUGCAAUUGAUUUUAAAGUUAGGUUACUUAAGAGAAUUCAACCAAUACAUUGUAAGAUUGCUGCCUUAGUUUUCGAAAAUAUUUUGUUUGUUACAAGAAGUUAAUAAGUUUAUAGUUUAUGAUGAUGCCGAAAGCCAGAUACAACAAGAAAAACAAUUUCUUUUAAAUGUAGAAACUGUACAAAAGUGUUCAAAAACUGAGGCAAUUGUGCUAUUUUUGAAAACCCCAAUUUUAAAAAAACCCCGCAAUUUAGUUAGACGAAUUUGUGAGUUUAUGAGAGAACACGUGUCAUUAUUUUUUAGAAUAAGCUGUAAAUUUAUUAUAUAGAACAGGCAAGUGUCACCUUUCAAAAAAUACAGAAAUAAUGACUUACAUAAAAAUGUACAACUGCCAAUGUAAUUCAUUAAUCAUAUAAUUAAUAAUUUAGUUCCAAACUUGCGGUAAACUCAUAUUUUCUAUUGACUCACAAUUUCGUAUUACUAAGAUCUUAUAUUUUUAGUCAUUUUCACCUUGUUAAUUUUCAUUCUCGCGACUGGGGCAAAGGAAUCAAUUGUCUAUGUACGAUUUUUUUCCUUAAGCAAUUUUUUUAUUUUGAAUCAUAUUAUUGUUAAUGUAAAAAGUGAUCAGUAUUACGCUUUUUUUGUAAUUUAAAUGUAAAACCUAAAUGAAUAUUAUACCCACAAAGAAAUUAUAAAAUGUAAAAAAUGUUUUUUAGUCACUUCUCCAGUUACGCGGACAAAUGAAGUUGCAUUGUUAAUUGAUUCCCUUUCCCUACAAAUGUUAUAAAUAACAUUGUAAUUUUAUAAGACUUUCGAAAAAGUCACGUACAUUAUAGAAUAUCAUCUGAAAAAUAUGUAAGUCUAUCAAUCGCAACAUAACUUCUGCUCUCCCUAUUGGCUGUUUUAAACCACAUGUAUAAUUCGUCGUACACUUUGACUUAGUGAUUUUUUUCAAUUAAGUGGAACACACAAAGACUUUAAUAUAAAAUUACAUAUAAAUAACUGUAUUAUAUACGUUUUUAUUUUUCUAAAGGAAAAAUUAUUGUAUGUAUUGCAUCGACCAAUUAAAACUAUUUAAAUCCAGAAAAAAAGUAAACCUAUAAUAUAGGAGAUGACUAUCAUUUAACAAAAAAAAUUUUUUGCACUUUUCCAUAAAAUUUUUUUUUUACUAAUUUGUACACUUUGAACACAGAUUUGAUCUAAAAACUACUUUGAUAAUGAGAAUUCAAUAAUUUGAGGACACAAAAAGUUUUUUAGUUUUUAAACCCUUUUUUCAUUUUUCCGGGCCCUGGAAUUUAAAUAUUGAUUUCUAAAUCCAUAUCUAUUUUCUAAUCUAAAGCAUUAAAGUGGUUUUAAGAUCACAUUUGUCUACAUAUAAAGUUUAAAAUAAAAAAUUAUCGAUA